ACUUAAGUUCCCAAGUCCCCGACUAUUUCGCAUCUAGCAUGAGCUUCUAAGAACUCUUCACAUCGAAUACGACUUUGGCAGUACAAAAGGCUCAUCAUUAAUAUUUGCCAGCGCCUUUCCAUUUCCCACCCAUAAUAUCAUCGGUAUUUACCAGACACGAUACUGCCUUAAUAUACUGGCUACUUGGCUUGACUGCUCCGAUUACUUCUACCAGCAAAUCCUGAUUAAUCCCGAGACCACCCGCAAAUGCAUACAGCAGCUGCAUCUUUCAUGCCUAACCAAUACAAUCAACAAGAAACACACUUUUUUACUCGACGCGACCAGUAUCAGCCUCCUUCGCCCCCAAUGGAGGAACAAAAGUGCUCUCUACCCUCAAUCUCGAACCUCUUGGGUUUGGCCGAUGCCGGCUCACCCACGAGUGAGUCCUCACCAACUUCACGGCAACAUUCUCCUCGCUUUGAAGUUCCUCCACCUUCACAUGGUCAUAGCCGAGCUGGAUCUGAAUGGGCUAAAUCAUCGCACCGUGGGCUUCCCCCUACACCACCUAUGAGCACAGAUGCAUCUUUCGAAGGCUACAGCUCCCCCACAAGGAAACCAUCCAACCAGGCGUAUCCAGGCUCAGCACCAAGAACAUACUAUUACGAGACCACACCACCUCUAGAAGCCGAUGCACAGCGUCAGGCAUCAGUAACGGCUAUUCCUCGAGCAACACCUCCAGCAACGGCUCCUUAUCCUCAGCAAGCUCACCCCACGGUAUACGCCAACCCAGCACCAGUGGGCGCUUAUUACCCGGCGGCACAGGUGCCUCCUGCUGUCCAGCCUCAAGAGAUGAACCCUUACUACCAGCGCCCUCUCCCACAGGCUUAUCCCCCACCAGUGAGCAUGCCGGCACCUGCUCCCUCGGGAGCAAAUCCUUGGCAGCACCAUCACUAUCUUAACCCAACCGGAGCGGCGGCAUUCCCGCAAAGCCAGGACCGGUAUAUUUGCCCGACUUGCAACAAAGCCUUCAGCAGGCCCAGCAGUCUCCGAAUCCACAGUCACUCACAUACCGGAGAGAAACCCUUCAAGUGUCCCCAUGCUGGAUGUGGCAAGGCUUUCAGUGUACGCAGCAACAUGAAACGUCAUGAGAGGGGCUGUCACAGCUUCGAAUUUAAUGGGUCUGUGAUUCGGGGUUGAGGGAUAUAUGUCGGACGACGAGAUGGUUCUACGAAGAGGGAUGAAUACCAGAGAAAGCUCGAGAUGAUUAUGCCUCACGGAACGAGCAUUAUUACAACAAGACCUGGAUGGAUCCGGUCUUUUCACUUGUUAUUGGGAUGGAAAUCCUGGUUAGACCCAUGUCUAAGGAUUUCCCGGCUUGGCGUCGCGGUCAACUGGGGAAAAGUCGGAGGGAGGAAAAGCUACAUUCUCUUCACGACGCUGGUCUGUAUUACUGGAAGUCUGGUGUAUUGUCUUAUUUUAUUAUUGUAUUUCUUUGGCGGAAACUGUCUGUUACUUUUUUGGGAGGCAGCUAUGGUCAUUUUAGACGGCGCAGAGGUGGAAACUGGCUUGAGAACCUAGCGAAGCAUCAUGCACGGCGUUUAGUUUACUACUGUGUGCUCUUUUAUCGGCACACGAAGAGAUCGACUGAUGAGAGUCGACGCGACGGAGAUGGCGAGAGGCGGAUACGAUACGCCCGAGACCAGGGAGGCUAUGGAGCCAUGAAUAUCAAAAUAUUACAAGAUCAAAGCACAAUCGUUGCCCGAGAUGAAGA